AUGUCUUUGCGCAAGGCAGUAAUGAACGGUGAUAUUGAGAGCGUUCAUCUACUCGUGAAGAAAGUAGUGAGUCUCACAACAGAGGAUCAGGAAGGAGAGACGGCUGUUCACUGGGCAGUGCGUAAAAAUAAUGUGGAUAUUGUCCGUCAGAUUGUGGAUCUGGGCGGGGACAUCAACAUUCAGAAUAAGGAUGGGAAGACGCCAUUGCUUUUAGCCCUAAGGGCAAGUAAUCUGGAUCUUGUUCGUCUCUUGGUAGAGAGAGGCGCUGGUGUCAAUGUACAGAAUGAGGAGGCUGAGACGGCAUUGUUUUGGGCGUUGAGGGCAGAUGAUAUGGACCUUGUUCGUCUGUUGAUAAAGCACGGAGCCAAUGUCAACGUACAGAACAAGGAAGGAGAGGCUCCUUUGUAUUUGGCGGUACGGAGAGGCAAUAAGGACCUUGUAAACCUGCUUGUAAUGUCCGGGGCUAGUGUCAACGUGCAGAAUAAGGAUGGAGUUGCGCCCUUAGAUCUGGCACUGAAGAACUAUGAUGUGGAACUCGUUCGUCUAUUGGUGAAGAAUGGGGCCACGGGCAAUGCUCAGAAUGAGAUUGAUAUCACCUCAACGGAAAUGUCAUACUCAAAGUAUGGAGCUCUAGCAGUUGGUCUGGUCUGUGUUUGGGUGUUCCUUGUGUGUCUUGUACACAACAUUAGUCCCUUGACAGUUUUGGUAAACCCCAGAGUUGACAUUCAGCUUCCUAGGCCUAACGUUACUUUGCCAUGCAACAUUACAACACAAAACCCCAAUGCCACAUAUGCUGUGUUAUGGCGCUCCCAGAAGACGAACAGCAAAAGAUUGCUCAACAGACUUUUAACCGGGAAAACAUUCAUAGCCUCUGAGUUUAAUAACACGGCUUCCCUGGGAGACGACUGCUCCUUGGUUCUCCUUGACCCUAAACCAGAAUAUAGCGACAACUACUCCGUUACUGUUGUUGUACCCGAGGAACAAGCCGUGGUUGAGGCUCAAGUUUGCCUGAAUGUUUGGCCCCCACCGUCGGUGACUCCUCAAAUGAAAACAGUGAACCACACCGAUAAUGACAAAGCGACAAGCCCAUAUCCUUCAUAUAGGGACUCAGAAGAGUUCAAGCCAUGGUGGGUCAUUGUUCCAGUGGUCAGUGUGCUCUUGGUGGUUUGUACUGGCCUUGUUUACUGUAGGAUCAAAAGAAGACGCCCAAAUCGCAAUAACGUACACAGUGUUGAUGAAAUGCCUGAAACCGUAAGUAAAUUUGUAAUAUAUAUGGAUAUGUUUGCUCUUAUGCACAAAUGUUUCAGGUGGUUAGUUGAUAUAAAACGGAAAGCAGUUGCUUUAGUUGUUGGCAGGGAUGAAUCUACAAAACAUUUGAUUAAUUUUAAAUGAAAAAUAAGAACAAAAAUAAAGUCUACAUGAUCGCCGUAGUCAUGGGGACAUGGUUUAGUAUAGUGCUCAAGAGCCCAUUUUCUAUAGGCUUCAAAACUGUUCUUAAAAUUUGACUAUAUAUGCAAAGGUGUAAACCAGUAUACACGUUACUUGCACCCUUAUUCUGUACAGUAAGCCAAUUUUCUGGAAUGUG